AUGGAAAAUGCAAUUCCUCAAACUGACAUUCCAUUUAUUCAAAUUCCUCAUAUAUUAAAAGAAAGCCAAAAGAAAAGAAAAGCUCAAUUUGCUCGUGCAAACAUGUCAGCGCAAAUACAAAAUUCAUUUCGUGCAAGUGCAAAAUCAGGAACAACUAUUCGAAUGAAAACAGCAAGAAAUGGUGGAACACAUCGACAUUUCUUUGACGCUUUGAGUGAUGACUUACAGGACGUCACAAACGAGUCUUAUUCUCUUUGGGAUCAAUAUAUUGCAGCACGAGACAUAUUUCAAUCAUUAAUAGAUCAUUUUCCAAAUCAAAAAGAAGGACUUAAUAAAGUUAAAUCAGGUUAUGAUAAUCAAUUAGAAAAAUUAAAUCUGACGAUUCAAGGAUACAAUAAGAAUAAGCUUAUACGACAUCAAUCUCAGCGAGAAAUCAAUAAAGAGAUUGAACAACUUCGAAAAAAGUACGAAACGAAAAGGAAAAAACUCGUUGACAAAAUUUGGUUAGCUCGUGAGCAAAUUACGCUGACAAAGCAAGAUAACCAAGAAUUACAAGAGUCAAAAAAGCAAUAUAUUGCUGAUAAUACACAGUUGACUUUUAGUUCUGAAGGAAAUGUUCACAUCUUACAAGAAUUUGAAAUUGAAUGCAAUAUUUUAUCAUCAAAAUACAAUUCUAUGAAAGAAGAAUAUGAUAACAUAAUAGAAAGAACCAAAGCAGCUGAAAUUGGAAUACAUGAUGGUAGGAUCAGAAUUGGAGAUGUUUUAGAAGAUAUAUCUAUCUCAACAAAGGAAUUAGAUAAAUUAAAUCACGAAAUACAGAAUAUCGAAUCAAAAAUCGAUGAAUUAAAUCAAAUGAAAAGUAAUGUUGAAGAAACGACACGAAGUAAAGAGUUGAUUGUUUUGCAAAAGCAAAGGGAAUGUGCUGAUGUAGAAAAGAACAUUGAAGAAUUUAAGCAAAAAGUUAACGAAUUGAAGACUAGUAUCAUCUUACUUAUUGGUAGGUGUGAAGGCAGAAAGCUACCAGAAGAACCUCAGCAACUUUUGCAAUUUUAUAUUCAAAAUUGCAGAUAA